UGAAUCUCAUAUACAUUGGUCCAUCAAUUGAUUCAAUUCUACUACCAAGUUGCGAACUUUGCUCUGUAUGCUAGGAUUUGUCAGAUUCUCUCUCCAUCUACGUGCAAAACCCUUAAACCGUAUCCCCUUUCCUCAACUUUGAAUUUCUCUCAAGAGUCUGACCCUUAAACCCUAAAAUUUUAUACUAUCAGUAACCCCGUUCUCAGUUUCACUCUGUAAACAAGAGCAACGCUUUAAUCCUCCUUCUCUAAAAAAGGGGUCAAUGCUAGCUAUUUUGAGAAUGAAGUCCCUUGUAUUCCCAGCAGUUUCACCGCUCUAUCUUUACCUCCAAAGAACGCUUUUUUCUGUUCAGCUUCAAAAUUUUCCAAGCUUUGCAAUCCAUGGGUUCUCCAAAACCCCAAAUUUCUCCAUUUAAACCCCAGAUUACCGUCACUGAUGACCCCACUAUUUUGGAAGAAAGAAAAAUACAAACUCAAGGCUAACAAUGUAACACAAAACCUCUUUUUCUUUCUUCCGAAACAGUGGGACUUCAUUUGUCUUCUUAUUUUUAUUAUGUGGCAGGCAAACUAUGAAUAUCUACGUCAAUUCUUCAGUGAUGUUGGUGGGGUCUCUUCAAUCAGUAUUUUGCAUGAAAAAAUCACUGGAAAAUCAAAGAGCUACUUGAAAUUUGAACAGUCUUCUGGAGAUCCAGCUCGAGUUCAGAUUCUGUAUGAACGUGUUAUAACUGAAUUUCCUAUAUCAAGCAGUCUCUGGUUUGAUUAUACUCGCUAUCUAGAUAAAACUUUGAAGUUUGGCAGUGUUGUGAGGGAUGUUUAUUCCAGGGCCACAAGGAACUGCCCCUGGAUUGGACUACUGUGGGUUCGAUAUUUGCUUUCCUUGGAGGGUGGUCAUGCAAGCACUGUUGUGAGCGAUUAACUGAAGACUCUAUUAAUCUUAUCACCUCUAAUAAAAUGAAAUAGUCCUAAUGAUACAAGCUAACUCAUUGUUAAUAAAUCAAUUGUUAAUGCCAGAAUUACCCAAAUUCAUGAGUAGAAACAUAAAAGUAACAAGCAGAGGAAAACAAAGGUUGGCUCCACCAAUAAAUAUAUAUAUAUAUUUUUUAAAAGGACAAAUGAAACAGAAAUAGAAAAGAAGAAAGGCAAUAGAGAGACCUUUGAUUUUCCAGUGAUUUUUUCAUGCAAAAUACUGAUUGAAGAGACCCCACCAGCAUCACUGAAGAAUUGUUGUAGAUCUUCAUAGUUUGCCUGCCAUAUAAUAAAAAUAAGAAGACAAAUGAUGGACUCCCACUGUUUUGCAAGAAAGAAAAAGGGGUAUAAAAAAGAGAAGAGAGAGUUUGAACUAGAAGGAAGGCCAAAUAAGUUCUCUACUUGCCUCCAAGUUAAGAUUUGAUAUGAAUGCAGUGUACUGAUCUGUAUACGCUUUGUUUUCUGCAGCACUAGGAUCGUUAAACAGUUUUUCAUUUUCUGGUUCAUCAACCUUGUCUUUGGUCUCAUCCCCUUCAUUUAUUUCAGUUUUAUUCAGUUCUUGGGAGUUGCUAUUCUGAUUCAAUUUCUUUGGGUCUCGAGGAUCAUUUUUCUGCCGCUUAGCUGGAGAUUGUUCAUCAGUUGCCUUGGAACCAGACGUCCUCUUUUCAGGGGCAGUUUUCUUAAAGCUAUGUUCUCUCUGAUCUGUUGUUCCAGUCAGAGAUAUGGAUUCCUGUUCUAACCUAAAUACUUUCAACCAUUCCAGACGAGGGGACACCUGCAAAGUGGAAUACGAAAACCAACAAUUCUAUGCAGGCACAUCAUACUUUACCUAAGGAAGAGGAAGUGGGGAACUUAAAGAAUGUAAAAGUGAGGUACAUCAACACUAUAUAGGUUGGUGAUAAUUGAUCCAUCAAAUUAAACUAGCAUUUUGUUU